CAAAGUAUCCCGCAGGACGGCGCGCGUACAGAGAGCGGCGGAGGCGCGUUCCCUCCACACCCCACGGACUCGCGCGCGCCCAAGGGCUGACCAUGGCGACCCCGGGGCCGGACUGCCGCCCCCCUGCGCAGUUCGCGCCCGCGCCCGCGCCGCUGCACCGCGCUCUCGAGCGGGCUCUCGAGGAGGCGUCCGCGUCCGGCUUCCUGAACCUGAGCGCGAGGAAGAUGAAGGAGUUCCCGGCGACGGCGGGCAACCACGACCUCGCGGACACCGUGGAGGCGGACUUGUCCAAGAACCGCCUGGCAGACGUCCCCAUGGAGGUGUGUCACUUUGUUUCUUUGGAAACCUUGAACCUUUACCACAACUGCAUCAGGACCGUACCGGAGGCCAUCGUCAGCCUGCAGUCACUCACAUCCUUGAACCUGAGCCGGAACCAGCUGUCGGUGCUGCCGCCCUGCGUGUGCAGUCUGCCCCUGCGCGUCCUCAACGCCAGCAACAACAAGCUGAGCUCCCUCCCCGAAGCCAUCGGCCAGCUGAGCAGCCUCAUGGAGCUGGAUGUUAGCUGCAACGAGCUCACGGCGCUUCCGCGGCACAUCGGCCAUCUCCGGGCCCUCAGGGAGCUCAACGUGAGGAGGAACCUGCUCUGCGUUCUUCCGGAAGACCUGUCCGAGCUCCCGCUGGUGAAGUUCGACUUGUCCUGCAACAAGGUGUCCACCAUCCCGCCUUGCUACAGGAAGAUGGCGCAGCUACAGUGUUUGCAGCUGGAGAACAAUCCCCUGCAGAGCCCACCUGCUCAGAUCUGCAUCAAGGGCAAGGUGCACAUAUUCAAGUACCUGAGCAUAGAGGCGUGCCGCGGCGACAAGGUGCCCGAGUCGCUCUACCUGCCCGCCAUCAACGAGCGCUUCAAUCUGCUGCGACCGGCUGCCAGCAGCAUCGAGGACAUCGACCAGAAUAAGAAGCAGGACACAGACUCUGGAGUUGGCAGUGACAAUGGGGACAAACGGCUGUCGACCACAGAGCCCUCGGACGAGGACAGCCUGAGUCUGAGCGUCCCCAUGUCCCACAUCACCGAGGAGGAGGGGCUGAGCAAGGACGACUCGAGCGAGCACAUCGGCGCCCUGCCAGUGGACCCCCGCGUGGACGCCGUCGGGCUCCUCCGGAGCGGCAGCACCGAGUUUGGGUACGGUGACCCGGCGCUGAGCGAGCAGUUCGUCGGCUACAUCAAGGACCGAACGGCAGACUUCGACGAACCCCUCAGGAUAGAGGAGGACCCCGCCUGGGCACUCGACCACACGUCAAAGGUCAGGGCCAGCAAGGAGAUCCACAUUGACAUGAUCAACCAGCUGAAGGAGGCAGUCGAGCUCCUGCAGGAUCCACACAGGGUGAACAUGGAGUCGGCAGAGCUCUCAGAAGUUCAGCUGUACCCGGUGGAGAUGGUCAUGGUGGAGGAGUCUUUCAACGGCCAGGACUCCGAGGACGGACAGACCACCCCUAAGAGCGAGAGCUCUGAUGGAGGGCUUGAAUUCCAGAAGAAGAGGGAAUUGAUUCUAGAGAGGACCAGACUUGAAGCCCGUCUUGCAUGCCAGGAAUUUGAAAGACAAGUAUCACAGCAGAGCCAGUUCGGUGAGCAAGGCGAGGGGCAUCGGGACCACGUAGAUGGGGAGGAAGACAGAAGUUCGGCCUCGUCCACGCCGGUGAACUCGCCUCCCUUUGGGCUGAAGCCAAGAUCAGACCCGACCUCUUGCUGUCCCGCUCCGCCCUGUCUCCGCCCCCUCACACAGGCCCCCCCUGCUGGUAGAGACACCCCCGCUAGUCCAGAUGAAGGAGGCAUGCAGAUCAGUGUGUUCCUGAGGACCCACAAGAGCCUGGAGUCGAUGGACCCCCAGUUUACCAUGCGCCGCAAGAUGGAGCAGCUGAGGGAAGAGCUUGAGCUGACGGAGCAGCUCAGGGAGAGCAUUGAGAGCAGGCUGAAGAUGACGCUUCCAGAGGACCUUGGUUCCUCACUUAUGGACGGUGUGGUGCUGUGCCAUCUAGUGAACCACAUCCGCCCUCGUGCCGUCGCCAGCAUCCAUGUGCCCUCCCCUGCUGUGCCCAAGCUGAGCAUGGCCAAGUGCAGGCGGAACGUGGAGAACUUUCUGGAUGCGUGCCGCAAGCUCGGCGUCCCGGAGUCCUCCCUCUGCUCCGCGUACGACAUCCUGCAGUCGGACGUGCGGCCGUUGCGGAAAACGGUGCGCGCCCUGGCGGCGCUCGACGCCGCCAAAGACACGGAGCGGGGCGGGCCGAGCGAGAGUGGGAAGGAGAGCGAGAGCACGGUCCCCGCGCCGCAGGCUCCGCCCGCCGUGUGGCGUCUCUGGGACUGGAUCGGCUCGAGCCUCCUGCACGUCUUCUGCCUUGUGCUGCUGUUCGUGGCGUACAGCUGGAGUGAGCGCAAGUGAGGCGUGGCCUGUUGCGCUCAUUGCCUCGCUUCCUUUUUUUUUUCCCACUCCCACCCCCGAGGGUCCCGUUGACACAGCGUCUGGAGCGAUGAGUGUGCUGCCGGAGGGCCGGAGCACAUCGCAAAGUGUACAGCACACACACAAACACACACCCCUUUCCACCAUGUGAACUCUGCUGGCCUCGAAGUGACCCCAACAGCCCCCCCCCAGCAACGUCCGCCCUUCCGCUCCAUCCUUGAAAGUUUACGGCACAAAAACGCGGCUGGACACGCACGGUGUCACCACAGUUCGUGUGCGUUUGAACUCGUUGACUCGCAGAGACCCCUGAAAUGCGGCUUCCCAUGAUGCACUUUAGGUCCCGUCUGUCGCACCGUGACGGAGAACCCUGCCGAUUCACCCGGAUCUCAAAACGGGAUCAGGCCUAAAAUGCGCGGAGUCCUUCUAGGACUUGAACCAGUGACCCUUUUUGGUCGGAAGUUCGUUUCCUUGCCGACCGACUCCUGCCUGACCGGUCUGUGAACAGCAGACUCACUGUACCCGUCAGUCACAGGCCCCCACCAUAUCCUAACUCCCCCUCCAUCACUACUCUGCCCCCACACCCAGAAUAAAAAAAACUCCACCCUCCAACACCCCAACCCCACCCUUCCAUCAGAACUCUGCCCUUCCCCCAUACCUUGGCUCCUCCCCUGUUUCUGAACUCCACCCUCCACAGCCUGACUCCACCUCUUGGGAAAUUCAGACUCCUCACCUUCACUCGGUGCGCAGCGAGGUCUCGCUCGCUUCCUGUCCUGCAGUUCCCCAGCAUCCAAAUAAGAUCAUUCCGUGCAACUCUGCAUGAGGCUCCAGGUUCCACUCAGGACCCUCGGCGCUUCCCUUUUGCCUGGAAACGACCUCUUUCUUCCCUUCGAUACGCAGCAAACGGGCGACGGACGUGAACGUCUGAGACAUUCGAAACAAAAGGGCUUUAAUAUGUCGAGAAUGUACAUGGCUGCGCUCCGGGGACGGACUCGUCCUACCUCUUCACGGCAGUCGCGACGCACAUGCUGCCACCGAGGCGUCUUUCUCUGUAAUCGAGCAAUAAGGUGGCCCCGCCCGCACGGCGAGAGGACACGUUCACGGACUGCACUGAUACGGGCCCCACUGUGGCGCGCGUGUGGGACCUUUGACCGCUUCUGCUCUCCGCCUUCCCAUCAUCCCCUUCACCACGUCCGCUCACGGGCCCCUUGAGCUUUUAUAUUUGGCACGUUAAUUUAAUAACUUAAUUCUUCAGCGUGUGCAGUGAUUUGACGCUCAUGUUCCUGUGAUGCUUGUAUUUUUAUGACUCCAGUAUCUGAUGCUGUGAGCAGCACCGGUAAUAAAAGUGGUACUUUGGGUUAUUUUACACCUUCGCUGCCAGUGGUCCAGUCAUUGUGUUGCUUCCUCAGCGGCUUCGCUCCGGUCCGCUCCGUUGCGGCACAGUGAUGUUGGGGUACGAGGCGCAGACACGCGCACACACACGGUUGUAUGGGUGUAUGAAUGGUCAAGUGCUGUGGUUGAGAGCACUGAGAACCACAGUCCCCUGGUCUCCGACCGUCCUCCAGUUGAAAAUUCUGGGAAUAAGCACCCAUUGGCAGACUGUGUACACACACACACACACACACACACACACAGCUGUUCUGCAACAAAUCGUCUCUGGUCGUGUCUCAUUGACCAUGUUUCCUUUCUGCGUUUGCAUGUUCCUUCCUCCUCUUUCUUUGUCGUCUUUCCACUUCCUGUCCUUCCCUCCAUGCUACUCUACUCCCUGCAGGAGAAGCUCUGUCUGCCGCACCACAUCCUGGAAGAGAAGGGUCUAGUGAAGGUGAGCAUCACUCUCCAGGCCCUGCUGGACGA